CCAAUAAGACCCACCCACGUAUCUCAAACAUCAUCCAUUAAAUCCCGAAAAAUAUCUACUCUUCAACUCUUUUAUCGCCACGCCACUUUCGGUUUCUGCUUCCCAUGUGCCCACGUCAUCACUUCCCUCACAUUCUCUUCCUUUCAAUCUUACUUGUCGGUUUCAUAUACCGUUGGAUUUGAGAACUGCCUCUAUCUGGCCGUUGAUUUUUCCGACGGAUAUAAUUGUGGAUACCGUAAUUUACGUAUUUAUCGUUCUUAUAUUUAUAACUCAGAAAUCGUUCACUGUUCAGGAUUCUCUGCAGCCUUUGGCAACAAGGAAAAAGCGCCAGUUCUCAAGUCCCACGAUCCGUGUCAACUCAGCAACUCGGUUUUGCUCUGUUCGGAGUUUUUGUACAGCCAGAAAGCUUUUGUAUAUUGCUUAAAAUUUGAUCAGGCAGUUUGGUAUGGGGGUUGUCAGCGUUUCUAGCGCAGCUGCCCGAACUCCACUAGGAUUAAGCACAAAGUUUUGGACUCAAAGAUGUACAUCGAGAAUGCCUUUGAUUGUUGCAUUUAAAGCAGAUAAAUCCAAUAAUACUGCUUUAGUUACGCCUCAAGAGCAUAUUCUUUUGCCCAUAGAAACAGCUAAGAAGAACCAGAAGAGACAGGGAAAAUCUAAAAAGGCUUCCAAAACUGUAAAUCAUGUUUUUACUGAUGAAGGUUCUCCGUGCACCUUGGAAGUGGAUUACAAUGAAGCUGCCGCCAAACUUGAAAACAUUUACAAGCUUAGCCCUUCAACUAGAACAUCUGAUGUAAAAGAGGAGAUAAAAGGACGCCAGCAAAGAAGAAAGAGGUCUAAAGAAAGUGAUGGGAAAGCAGAUAACGAUAAUAAUCAGGUCGUGGUUAGGAACCAGUCUAAGAAGACUAAAAGAUUGAGUCUUGAUAAAAGGAUUGAACUGAAAAAGAACAGAGAAGAAAAACCUGUUGCUUCUGUUUGGAGGAAAAAAAGUACCGAGAAUGAAAGCGAGAAGAUUGACGCGCUUGUCAGGGACUAUUCAGCUUCAACCGUUUUGGUUAGCCUGGACUGGAAAAAGAUGAGCAUACCUCCAGUUCUUCCGUCCACUGAACAUACUUGGUUGUUUAAGUUAAUGCAGCCCAUGAAGACGCUGCUUCAGGCAAAAGAAAACUUGCAAAAGGAUUUGGGUAGAUAUCCAACUGAAGAUGAAUUAGCUAAGGCAACAAAUAUGAGUGCAGCUCAAGUAACAAAACAUUUAGAGAUUGGUCGAGCUGCUAGAAAUAAGCUCAUUAAGCAUAAUCUCCGGCUUGUUUUGUUUGUGAUAAACAAAUAUUUUCAAGAUUUUGCCAAUGGCCCAAGAUUUCAGGACCUUUGCCAGGCUGGAGUAAAAGGACUUAUUACUGCCAUUGAUCGCUUUGAACCAAGAAGGAAAUUCCGGCUCUCAACAUAUAGUCUUUUUUGGAUUAGGCAUGCAAUUAUACGUUCCAUGACAGUAUCAAGCUUUACACGUGUCCCAUUUGGACUUGAAUCGGUUAGAGUAGAAAUCCAAAGAGCCAAACUUGAAUUAUUGUUUGAACUUCAUAGAAAACCAACAGAGGAAGAAAUAAUUAAGAAAGUUGGGAUCUCCCCUGAGAGGUACCAAGAAGUAAUGAGGGCCUCAAAACCUGUUGGCUCUCUUCAUUCAAGGCAUUCAGUCACACAAGAGGAGUUCAUUAAUGGAAUCACUGAUGUCGAUGGUGUUGGAGGUGAUCACCGAAGACAACCUGCUCUUCUCAGGCUUGCAAUUGAUGAUGUGCUUGAUUCUCUGAAGCCCAAGGAGAGCCUGGUGAUCAGGCAGAGAUAUGGACUAGAUGGUAAGGGCGAUAGAACUUUAGGAGAAAUUGCUGGGAACUUGAAUAUUUCAAGAGAAAUGGUUCGGAAGCAUGAAGUAAAGGCGCUAAUGAAGCUCAAGCAUCCAGCCCGAGUGGAUUAUCUUCGCCGAUACGUCGUCUGAACGUAUUAAAAUCCUUGGCUUCAUCUAUACGAUUCCCCCAAUCUCCUUAUAAUUCGCUCAUGCCCAUCUCGUUUCUGUAUUCUAAUGAUCUGUAUCAUAGUCAUUUAACUACAUGAGCAUAGAAUUUCCAUACCAUAUGUAAUAUAUAAAUUCAAAUACUCAAAAGAUAGUAAAUUACCAGAUAUAAGCUACAUUUU